CAUGGAUUGAGGAUUUCUAGUGAUCGCGCCUUGUAACUUUUGGUUUUUCUUUUUUGGUUUGUAUCUUGCUAGGAUCUUUGUUGGUUUGUAACUUUUGGUAUGUUGUACUAAAGGCACCUCCCAGAAUAUUUUGAUUUGUCUUUUUUGGCUCAUAUCUUGCCAUCGUGCCUUAAUUUGUUGUUCAUAUUAUACUUGGAUAUUCGUUAAGUUAAUUUCUUGUUCCUGCUAUAUUAUUGAACAUUGUUGAUUUAUUUUUUGUUAACUUGUUUCUUUUAUGUAUUCAGUAACAUGAAUAUCCAGCCGGGGCAUUUGCCCAAAAUGUUGACAGGCUAUCAAAGGUUAAAGGAAAAAAGAAUGGAACAAAACUUAGGAGAAUUGAAGGUUGCUGGAAUCAAGAAUGUGCCAAAGUCAUUGUUUGGCUUAAAUCAAAGUGGUAACGGAAAAGGUAAUGAUAAGGAAAAGAACGACAUUGGGCGCUGUGCAGUCAAGAUGGAAAAGGGUGGCAGCCCCCAGGGAGCAACCCAAGCUCAGCAGCUUCCCACAUCACCUGCUAAACAAACAGACAUGUAUGUUUUGCAGCCCACAUACGGUUGUCGGCUGCGUAGAAACUCAUGCAAUCCCUUCAAAAGCAUCACAAAAUCUCAAACGCAAAAGAGGCCCGACCAAGCUGAAAACCAUUGCUGUAGAUGGAAGUAGUCGGAUUGAAGUUAUGUUUGACGAGAAUGGUCAACCAAUAGGUGAGGGAUCAAUCAAGUUGUCUUCUUUCUUGGGACCUCUAGUUCGAGAGAUUGUACCAUAUACACUUUCGGAUUGGCGAAAGCUUCCUUCAGGAAUGGCAGAAAUCCUAUGGCAAUGCAUUAAGGUAAGAUUCAAUCUUAAUGAAGAAUGGCAUAAACAAAUGGUUUUCCGGAGAAUGAAUGAAGAUUGGAGAGCCUCAAAGUCGAUAUUAGUAAAAAAAAAUAAGAAACGCUUCAAAUGAGGAGGAAAGGCUAAAGCUACAGCCUGAUAAUGUCAAAUCACUGCAUGAUUGGAAGAAUUUUGUGAAGGAAAAGACUAGUGAACAAUUCAAGGUGACAAGCGAGAACUUUAAAGAUAUGAGAAGGAAACAGUUGGAGCUGCAGCAUACCAUGAGUCGUAAGGGAUAUGCACGGUUGACUGCUGAACUGAAAACGAAAAAAAAAAAGACCUCCAUAAGUAGAGCCGUUGUUUGGGCCGAUGGACAUAGAGACAAGAAUGGUAAACCCAAGAACAAAAAUGUUGCUCAAAAGAUUGAAGAUAUGGGAAAAAUUGAACGGAAUGGACAGAAUUCAACUAAUCUGAAAGAAGAUGUUGUUUCUAAAGUGCUUAGUGCCGAAAGGCGUGGCCGUUUAAGAACAUUUGGAAAAGGAGUCACACUAACAAGAUUAACUAUAUUAUCACAAAUGAAUGGUCAGUUUGCUCAAUUACGUGAAGAAAAUGCUAAGAUGAAGUCUCAAAUGUCGCAUAUGCAAAAUACAUUUGACGAGUUCAAGAAAAGCCAAGUUCAGAAUCCAGUGACAAAUGAAGCAACACCUACACCCAUUAUUUCUCCCUCGGUAAGAAGUCAUCCUCAGAGUGACAUUACCAAGUGCAAGUUGCUAGAUUGGAUGGGGACAGGAGACCUAGUUGCUGAGGGGCGUUGGGCUUCAAGUGAUCCAACUUCGUGUGCUCAUUGUAUUCCGAUUGGACCUAAUGCAAUGAAAAUUUGGGUGGAUGUAGCAAAGAAAACUAAAGUGUAUCUGUGGAGGGCUCCAAGUGAUAUGAUCUAUAUCGAAGAUGCUGUGGGAACUACCAUCGCAUGGCCUGCUGACUUUGUUAUUAUGGACUCUUCUUCGCCAGGGUUUUUGGGUUGAUAGAGAAGUGCUGUUGUGACUUUUUGCUGAAGAUAUAGGUAUGAUAUGAUCUUACUAGCGUGUUGGUUGUCAUGAUCGCUUGGUUGGUUGAAGCCUUUUUGUUGAUACUUAUUGGAUGGAUAGAUAUUUUGGAACGACUGUUUUGGUUGAAUCGCGCCUUUUUGUUAAUAUUAUGGUGCCAAGGUUUGAACUCCACUUUUGGGAUACAUAGAUGUUUCGGAAGGCCUUUUUGUUGAUAUUUGGUGAAGAGACUUGUACUCCACUUUUGGGAUAGAUAGAUGUUUCGGAGGGCCUUUUUGUUGAUUUUUGGUGACAAGGCUUGUACUCCACUUUUGGGAUAGAUAGAUGUUUCGGAGGGCCUUUUUGUUGAUUUUUGGUGACAAGGCUUGUACUCCACUUUUGGGAUAGAUAGAUGUUAUGGAGGGCCUUUUUGUUGAUUUUUGGUGACAAGGCUUGUACUCCACUUUUGGGAAGGAUAGAAAUGUUGGAAGGACAUGUAGUAUACUGAUUUUCUUCUAUGUAAUGGUAAUUCCUUUAAUGUUUGGAGACAUUUUGUUGGUUUUGUAU